UCCACGAGGAGCACGUAUUGAUCUUCGAACGCAUUUAGUCUAACCGGAUAUAUUGGAAUUCAAGAAUUUGAUUAUCUCCGAGCAGUGGCGCGUACAUCCGGGAAAACCAGGUCUCCGGCAGGUGGUAUAACGUUACCCAAGAUGAAAACGAGAUCUCCCAUUAUACGUAGAAUAGAAUGCACGUUGUAUAUACAUCGUGAUAGAUGUACAUUUUACGGCGCACGAACGAACGCGAGUUAUUAAACGGGUAAUGUAUGUGCAUACACCGCGCGGGUAAUCUCCGGCUCGAUCACGAAACCGUGUGUACACUGCGCGCUUAUGCAAUAUUACGUAACGCCUUGAUCUUGGAGUCGGCCGCGAAAUGAAUGAAACUAUCGCCGCGGCGGUAAAAGGUCCCUUUAAAUGAAUGAAAACCGCAGGGCGCGCACGUGCUCCCCCGGGUCCUCGCGCCCCGGGCUUUUCACGCGCCGGGACGUUUUCGAAAUCCCGACAUCGUCCCUCGAGUGGCCAUUACGCGCUCGUACAUAAAUACAGCGCAAACAUUUACGCUGCGAUACACAUAAGUGGUACACGCCGGUGGAAAAAUAUUUGUUCAGUCGCCGGCGGAGCUUUUGCUCGGUCCGCUCCAAGUCCGGUUCCGCGGAUUAACUCGACAAGUGGUUCGUCGUUCAAUUGCCGCUCGUAAAUCGAUAAUUACAUAACUUCCGUCGUGAGACCGGAAUUAAGCCGCCGCGACGCCGACGGCUUAACACGGCCGAUCGAGGAGAAUAGAAAUAAAUGAGGGUCACGACCUCCCGUAUAGGCCGGCAUUAAACGAAGAACCGUCUAGCACGGUCUGGCUUAAAAAAAAAAUCAUACUUUUUCUUGCUGCGAAAUUAUCGACGUCCGCCAUGUACAGACUUUGUUUACGUUCGAAUGCAAAGUCCGAGCGCAAUUAAUUCAGUGGAUUCAUGAACGCGUAUAUAAAAUAUGACAGCGUAGCCGACUCGAUAUCUACGCGAAACGGUAAUGAUUUAUGCAGGCGCCCGUGCGAAACCCACGGGGCGUAAGUUGUUUUUAGCCUGACAGCGGUAAUUAAUCAUCUGUGUCAAUGUUUGCGAAUGUCGCGUCUGACAAUUUCACUGGAAACAUUAGUAGAUGCGAUCGAUAGCCGAGCGAUUGCCUAUAAACGCAUCGAGAUCGAACACAAUGGGAACAAAAAGCUCGUCCGUCAAUUCUGACGCGAUCACCUGUAGACGGUGCAACAGUUCAAGUACGUAUUAGACAUGCAAUCCCGGUCGGCUCGGGAUAGGUUGACAAUCGCGCGCUUCCGCAUGGGCGACGUGACGGGACGGAUACGUUGAACAACGAUUUUCUGCGCGAAGGUUAAAACCGGCGAUCAAGAAGUACGAGUGACCGAUGGCCGAUGACAAGUUAACGUCGAGGACGGCAAGGCGAAGGUGCAUCCACAGUGGAUCUGGCAAUGAACCUCUGAUAGAAGGAGAAAGGCCUCGAUAUACGAGAUUUACCAGAUCCAGUUUCGUGCCUGAACUGGAAGACGUGGAGAACCUGGUAAAGAGGAAAAUACGCGAGCUUUUUCUCCUACCGGCUAUAUAAGCAAGUCGAUGCCAGCGUUCGACUGCCAGACGAUCCUCGCCCGUGGUUUUACGACUCCUCCUCAGCUCCCGAAGACGCCAAAAAUAAUGAGGGACCUGAUUGUGAUCGCCGUGAUGGCAGUAGUCGUCGCUGGUUAUAAGAAAGGAAGGGCAUACACCGGCUUGCUGGAAGAUUUCCCGCCGUACCAAGGAACCCAUCAGUCCCUUCACGAGCAACACCACCCGUUCCAGGAGCACUCGUUCAAAACGCAACCGUACCAACCGUAUCGAAGCCGACCGUAUCGACAGGAGUUUUCCUCGUACCCCGAACAAUUGUUCCUGAAGGAUUCGUCGUUAUUGAAAGAUUACUCGUCACUGAAAAGCCGACCGUUCCUGGAAGACAGUCCAUCUUUCAGGGAUUUCGACCCGAAGGGACAAUCGCUAAAGAGCGGCUCGUUCUAUGACGACAGCACGCAAUUAAAAGAUUCCGUGGACUUCAGGCAACCACAUUCGUUGAGAAGUCGACCAUACUUCGACGACAGCCCGUCUCUGAAGGACUCUGCAGAGUUCAAGGAUCAAUCUUCGUUCUUCGCGGACGGACAAUUGUACAAGAGCCGGACGAAUUUCGCGAGUGAACAGGCCGCUCAGGAUCAGACGUAUCUGCGCGACGAUUUCCGGUUCGCAGAUAUCUACGACAAGCAAUCUCCUCGGGACCAAUCCGUGCAGCAAUUGGCUAGCAGCUCUUUCGAUAGAAACUCGGAAUACUUAAAAUACGGUGAGUACUUUAACGCAAAUUGCAUCUGCUUCCGAUACUUGCUUCGAGAGAAACGAUUUGCUUGUUAUUCAGGAAACCAUGGUCUCGGCUAUGCCUCCGUGCCGGCAGUUUCGCCGUACGAGAACGCCUUACCAUUGAGCGAGGAAGGAUCCACGACGAUGGCACCACCGAUGGCCUCGACGACCACCCACCAACCGUUGCUGCAAUCUACCGUCUCCUCUACUAUCGACCAAGUUCAUAUGUCUGCGACUUCCGAGCCGAAAAUGGCUUCGUCGAAGGUACCGCACGCGGCGACAAUGCAGACCACCAAAUCCGAUACGUUGUUGGUCGGCGGUUCCAGCACGUUGACAGAUUCCACGAAGUCUCCAGUCACCGCGAAGCAAUCUUCGAACUUGGCUCAGCCGUCGACAGGUUUGACCACGGAGUCUAGCUCGCCUGUCAUGACCACAGAAUCUCCGGACGUAUUCUUCGAACGACACAAAAUGCCGCCGAUUGAAUUUCCGGGGGCCAAGUUCACCAGCUUGCCGCAGUCUUAUUAUAAUUUCAACGGCGGUCUGCGGAACAACUCGCCGGUCUCUCUGCUCGGCUAUCUGCUGUCGCAGUCGGGUAAGACCGGCAUAAAACUGAACGAGCACGCGUCGUCGCUGCUAAACCCCCCGUUACCGGAGGGCAACAACUUCGGCAACAAGAUCCAGAGCUCCAUGUUGAAUUACGUACUACCCGAGGAAUCGAAGCUGAAGGACAACUUGCAGAGUUCGCUUUUGAACUAUCUGCUGCAGCAGGAACUGAACCGCGGCCUAUCGUUCCAACAAUCUCCCGUGUCGGGGAAUACGAACUACGUACAACUGGCCUCGCUGGCCGAGAAACCAAAGAUCACGCUACCGGGCAUGUCGAUCGCGACCCUGUCACCGGUUUCCCGGCCGUUGCAGACCAUAAACUAUGUCUCCCCGACGGCCACGCUGCCAAGAGUCUCCUCGUUCGGUGCUCAAGUCUCGCCGACCGGCAUCCUUCCGCUAGGCGCCGCUUCGCCUCCCGGCUUGUCCCCGAGCGUGUUCAACAGUUUACCUGGCGGGAUGAGCGACGGCAUACCUGCGGGAAUACCUGCCGGCAUAUCGGCGAACGUUCCAACCGUGCCAACUUUGAAUUUCGGACAGAAUCUCCAACACGUGGGCCAGCUGCAGCAACUUGCACCGGCUACGAGUCAACCGUUCUCCACAGGAGGGCUGCAGCUGCAAUUGGGGGGUUUCGGCGGGCUAGAUUACACGCUACGCGCUAAUCCCGUCCAACGAUCCACGGACUUCGGGCUCGCGAAGAUGGGCUUAAGUUUGCCGGAAUUACCGCGACAUCAGCUACCCGCAGUCUCCAAGAUCGGAUUCGAGCAGCAUUUGUGGUAGGUCGAACAUAGCCGUAAGAGUAGUACACGCGGUCAUCAUCGAUAACGUUUCAAAGUAUUCCAGCAAACUGCCAAAGUUACCACACUAUAGAUAAUACUGUGUAAUUCUAGAUAAACACUAUUUUCGUAGCGUUGUUACAUAUAAAAUUGUUAAAUACCAUAUGUGAUU